GACAAGCAGAGAGUUGUGCCGGAUAUCUGCUUAACUCCAUUUUACCAAGUCUGCAGUUCCUCCGAGCCAGACGCAACCGCGGGUUCCUGUCAGUGGGUGUUUGGCAAGCAUGGCAGUGCAUGUGGCCGGACUUGUAGCUGUGGGGGUCUUUUAUGUGGUCAUCCUGCUGGCCGGGAUCUUGGCCUCGCGCAAGUCAAAGCAAGUGGAGAAGAAAUGCUCGGGCAGAAAGAGCGAAGUCGCCAUCGUCGGCGGGCGCAAUAUGAACAUUGUGGUUUGUAUAUUCACAAUGACAGCAACAUGGGUUGGUGGAGGUUACAUUAUGGGCACGGCUGAGGCUGUUUACUUGCCAACUCGUGGUCUUGUCUGGGCUUCUGGACCUCUUGCAUAUCUUGUGAAUUUUAUUUUAGGAGGACUUUUCUUUGCAAAACCAAUGAGGUCCAAACGCUACGUGACCGUGUUGGACCCAUUUCAGCAUCGCUACGGCCGGUCGUUCACGACGGCAAUAUUAAUUCCUGCUUUGAUCAGUAAUAUUUUUUGGGUUGCCUGCACCCUUGCUGGUCUAGGGGCAACAAUGAGCAUCAUCCUUGAUCUAUCGCCAAUACUCUCCAUCCUGAUCUCUGCGGCUGUCUCCAUUAUCUACACUGUUCUCGGAGGCCUAUACGCAGUUGCGUACACUGAUAUCAUCCAACUCUCCUUCAUAUUUGUCAGUCUGUGGCUCUGUAUCCCAUUCAUUUUUCUCAGCCCUGCGUUGACUGACCUUUCACAAACAAUCCAUCUCAACGAGUCAAACGUCCACUCUUGGAUAGGAGAGGUGAAGCUUGAAGAUGCAGGAAAAUGGACUGAUGACUUUCUCGUGGUGGCUUUAGGUGGACUUUCAUGUCAAUCCUUACACCAGAGGAUCCUCGCGGCGGCCUCCUCAUCCAAGGCUCAGGUGUCCUGCUUUGCUGCUGCAGCUUUUGCUUUUAUUAUGGGAAUCCCUUCAGUGAUCAUUGGAGCUACAGCUGCUUCAGCAGACUGGAACCAGACAGAAUAUGGUCUACCCCCACCUUAUGAGCGUGGAGAGGCAGGGAAUAUCCUGCCAUUGGCUCUGUCCUACAUCACACCUAACUGGGUGUCCGUGUUGGGCAUCGGCUCUGUAGCAGCAGCAGUGAUGUCAUCCAUGGACUCGGCAUUGCUGGCAUCGGCUUCUAUGUUCAUGCAAAACAUAUACAAGAUGACUUUGAGAAAGCAGGCAUCAGACAGAGAGCUGCAGUGGGUCACUAGGAUUUGUGUGUUGCUGGUGGGCCUGGCUGGGACCGGUCUGGCACUCAAUAGGAGCAGCAUCCUUGCUCUGUGGAUGCUCGCUACUGACCUACUCUACUGCGUUGUGACCCCGCAGCUGGUCUGUGUGGUGCACCUCAGAUCUGCCAAUUGCUAUGGCGCCAUUAGUGGCUACACGGUCGCUCUGCUGCUGCGUGUGCUGAGCGGCGACCCAGCGCUCGGCAUCCCUCCUGUGCUACUCUACCCGGGCUGGAGGGAAGAGGAUGGCGUCAUCACGCAGUACUUUCCCUUCAGGACUCUGAUUGCGUUCAUCUCUCUGGCGGUUGUCGUUCUUGUGUCUUGCCUGGUCGAGCUGGGCUUCAAUCACAAUGUUAUUCCUCAGUCCUGGGAUGUAUUGGAUGUUUUCAAAAAGACAAUUGAGGCAGAAGAAGACGAGAAACCAACACCACUUGCUCAUGAGGGGAAGAACUUGGUCCUUCAUACAUCAUUUUAGCUUACAGUAUUUACC